UCAAUGCGAACUGCCCUGAAAUUGGACGUGGACACUUCCCAGAAUUUUGACCCAAUUUUCCCAUCCAGGAGGUCCAUUUCGGCAAAGUCCUUUUUGUUGCAGGACUGCGUUCAACGAUGGCUGGCUCCUCCCCACCGACCUCCGGCUUUCGAUCGCAGUCGAUGAUGAGAAUGCAGCGUGCGGCGUCUUCGUCCAAAAUUCAGCGGACGCUGGGCGGGCUGGACAUGCUGGACGAGAUGGGCAUGGAGAUGGACCGAGGGCGGACCGCCGCUCAGGAGAAUAGAUGGGUGUUCGAAGUAGCUUGGGAAGUCGCUAAUAAAGUUGGUGGUAUAUACACGGUCAUUCGUUCCAAGGCUGCGGUAACCAUGGAAGAGCUCGGGGACCAGUGCAUCAUGAUGGGUCCGUACACCGAGGCGACGGUCAAGAUGGAAGUAGAGCUGAUGGAACCGGAGAACGAGUUGAUAAAAGGCGCUAUGGACAGCAUGAGAUCAAAGGGAAUAAAGGUGCAUUAUGGGAGAUGGCUAAUUGACGGCUACCCCGGGGUCAUUCUCUUUGACAUCAGCUCGGGGGCCAGCUACUUAGAUACUUGGAAGAGGGACCUGUUUGACAUGUCGCGCAUCGGGAUCCCUUGGCAUGAUAGGGAAGCUAACGACGCCGUCAUCUUCGGAAAUCUCUGCUCAUGGUUCAUUGCUGAUUUUCGAAAGCAGUUUGAAGAGUCUGAUACCCCGUUGAUCAUUGCCCACUUCCAUGAAUGGCUGUCUGGCAUCGGACUCAUCCUGUGCCAUCUCCGACACAUCGACUGCUCCACGAUAUUCACCACCCACGCCACACUGCUGGGUCGAUACCUGUGUGCCGGCAACACCGAUUUCUACAACAACUUGGGCAAAUUUAACCUGGACAAGGAGGCAGGCGAUCGCGGGAUCUACCAUCGCUACUGCAUGGAGAGAGCAGCAGCCACCUUGGCUAACGUCUUCACGACUGUCUCCAAUAUCACAGCCGAAGAAAGCCAACAUCUACUCCAGAGAUUGCCAGAUCUGGUCCUACCCAACGGACUGAACGUCGUCAAGUUCCAAGCUGUGCAUGAGUUCCAGAAUCUCCACGCCAAAUCCAAAGAGAAGAUCCAUGACUUCGUACGCGGACACUUCCAUGGACAUUAUGACUUUGAUCUGGACAAGACGUUAUACUUCUUCACGGCCGGUAGAUAUGAGUACCACAACAAAGGCGCAGAUGUCUUCCUAGAGUCGCUAGCCAAGCUGAACCAUCUACUGCAGGUCAGUGGUAGUGAGGUGACUGUCGUGGCAUUUCUCAUUUUCCCAGCGAAGACCAACAACUUCAACGUGGAGUCACUACGUGGUCAAGCCAUCAGCCAGCACUUCAAAGAAACAGUCUCCAACAUCAAGGACAAAAUCGGCAAGAAAAUAUUCGAGUCGAUCCUAAGAGGUGACAUGCCAGAUACAGACAAGCUUCUAGAGCGUGCUGAUACCGUCCAGUUGAAGCGUUGUAUCUACGCUGCGCAACGACCGGGCCUUCCGCCCGUUUGUACGCACAAUGUUAACAAUGAUAGCAGCGAUCCCGUGCUGAGCCACAUCCGACGGAUAGGGCUGUUCAAUAACAGUCAUGAUCGAGUUAAGAUAAUCUUCCACCCGGAGUUCUUGACGGCAACAAACCCUCUCUUUGCCUGUGACUAUGAGGAGUUUGUCCGAGGCUGCCAUUUGGGCGUCUUCCCCUCGUACUACGAACCUUGGGGGUACACGCCAGCCGAGUGUACAGUCAUGGGCAUUCCCAGCGUGUCCACCAACCUGUCCGGUUUUGGCUGUUUUAUGGAGCAACACGUCGCCGAUCCUACAUCCUACGGAAUCUACAUCGUCGACAGAAAGUUCAAAGCUCCAGACGAGUCGGUACACCAACUUGCUAGGUUCAUGUACGACUUCAGCCAGCUGACCCGCAGGCAGCGCAUUCUACAGAGGAACCGGACUGAGCGACUCAGCGAACUGCUAGACUGGAAAAGCCUAGGCGUGUAUUACAGGAAAGCACGCUACUUGGCUCUGCAUAAGACUCACCCGGAAAUAUUUGAAGUCCGCGAUGAGAACGGAGGAAGGAUGACCAUCCGAUAUCCUCGGCCCGCCUCUGCCCCGCCCUCUCCAUCCAGUUCCCGGGCAUCGACUCCGUUGCCAUCCACCGACGACGAAGAUGAAGAAGAUGAAGAAGAUGAAGACAAAGACGAAGAAAAAACAAAAGAAAACUGAGUGAACAUAUUUUUCACUAUCAACAGAUAAGCAGGCUUGUGUAAACCAAAAAAACGUUGCUAUAUUGGAGAUUAAAGUUGCGUUCCCUGUGCUAUUUUCGAGCUUUAUUCCGAAAAAUAGAUUCCUCUUGUAAAUUGCUAUUUUUCUAGCAAUACAAAAGUUGUUCACUUUUGAAUGAGACGCCAACUGAAAAAUUGGCCCAAGUGUUGUCAUAUACUUUACAAUUUUAAUUAUUGGUUGCCGGACACUGAUUCCGUUUCCACAGGGUAGGCUGGUUCCUGCCCCUCAAUCUCUAUUGAUAAUGUAUGGACCAGGAGCCAGUCUGUUCGCAAAUUUGAUCUGUUUGUGCCCAAAACAAAAAAGUCUUUUCAGAGGUUCGCCUGUGUCCAAACAAGAGGGAAAAAAGGUUUUUAGGUUGGAAGAAAACAUACAAGUUGAAAAUUUAUCGAGAGAAAGAAAUCAAAUUUGUUGAAGAGCACGAGGAACGCAACUUGAAAAUCCAAAACCAUUGAUGUUAAAAAGUACUUUAAAAUCUGUGAAGAUUAAAUCCAUGUCGGUAAUAGAUACUGGGCAUAUAAUAUCUUCCUGCAAAAUCCGCCAAAACCUCUUCGCAAAUUUCAAAGGAUGUUAUUUUUAUUUAAACUGGGUAGCCCAUUCAGUGGAAUCCACUGGUUUCCUGUGG